AAAUCACUUGAGCACCAGUCUGGUUCUCUUUCGUCUGCAGGGCUGCAGUCCAGUCCAGGGGAAAGGCAAUUCGGAUUUGACGACUACUGCUCUAAGACUGAAUCAGAGGUCAUAGCAGAAAAGUUUGUGCUGGAACACUUGCUGGAUUUGUGAUACAACAAAAAAGUAUACACAAUGGGUGUGUGGACAAGAAUUAUAAUCAGUUUACAGUUCCUUAUCACAGUGAAGGCUCAAGGAAUUGUUUAUGAUCUCCUGGUGUCACCGGAUUGCUUACCUGAGCUUCUGCAAGGGGGAAUACAGGCAAAAAACAUGGACAACGUUUUUAUCCUUGCAACAUUACAGCUGCAGAACAGAGCUCCAACACGGGUCUUCCGCAUCUUUAAUGCUGCAGAUAAUACUGACUAUUUUGACUUCAGUGUGCAGGGGAAACUCAACAAAGUCACUAUGAAAUAUCUGAAAACCAAUGGAAAGCCGGGAGCAACCCAUUUUGCUAAUGUGUCACUAGCGGAUGGUCAAGAACACCACAUAUUUCUCCACUUCAGUGGACUGCAGCAAGGCACCCCCGCCACAGCACUCUAUGUGGACUGCACACUGGUAGAGAGAGUGCAGGACGUGCCGUUGGCCUUCAAAUCACUGCCCCCAGGCCCAAAACAGGUGACACUGAAGACUAUGCCAACCUCAGCCCAGAAUAAGCUGUCAGACCUCAAACUCGUGCUCGAUGAGUCUAUUGUAAAUGUUGUGGAGCUUCAGGACUGUAACACCCUAGAGCAGAGUGCACAGAAUGAACAUAUAGAAUACAGAGAUCAUCGGGAACAACAGAAGGAAUCGUUGCAGUUACUUGGUACAACCUCAAAGAUGGAAGCUGGUCCAAUGUUUGAGCUUAUGCGGAUGAUCCAAGAGCUGAAAGAGAAGGUUGAUCAGCAGACCAAAGAGACCGCUGACCUGAAAAAGACUAUCUUGGAGUGUGUUCCAUGCAAUGGACAGGGCGGAGCAGCAGGACUGCAGGAUAAACAAGGGGCCAAGUGUGGACCAGGGGUCUGUUUUAAGCCAGACAUGUGUAUUGAAACAGCUGAUGGCAUGGAGUGUGCACCCUGUCCUGCGGGCUAUACUGGAGAUGGAGUCCAAUGUGAUGAUGUUGAUGAGUGCCACUUCAACCCAUGUUUCACUGGUGUCCGGUGCAUUAACACUGCGCCAGGGUUCAGAUGUGAGAAUUGUCCUCAAGGGUUCACUGGUCCAGAGAUCCAGGGCGUGGGCAUUGACUAUGCUCAGUCAAACAAGCAAAUCUGUAGUGAUAUUGAUGAGUGCCAGGUGGAUAAUGGUGGUUGCACACCCAAUUCAUACUGCCAUAACACAAUGGGUGCAUUCCACUGUGGGAACUGCAAGACUGGAUUUGUGGGUGACCAGAGUAGUGGUUGCAAAGAGACUGGCCCUGGCCCUGCUCCUGUAACGGAAAGGCUGUGUGGUAACGGGCAGCCAAAUCCUUGUGACAUCAAUGCAGAGUGUGUAGUGGAGAGAGACGGGAGCAUCAGCUGUGCAUGCGCCAUUGGCUGGGCAGGAAACGGUUACGUCUGUGGAAAGGACACGGACAUUGACGCCUAUCCAGAUAGAAAACUUCAAUGCAGAGAUGCAAACUGCAAGAAGGAUAACUGUGUAUUUGUUCCCAACUCGGGCCAAGAAGAUGCAGACAGAGAUGGGAAAGGUGAUGCUUGUGAUGAGGAUGCAGAUAGUGAUGGCAUCAUCAAUGAUCAGGACAAUUGCUGGUUGACAUCUAACAUAGACCAGAAAAACAGUGAUAAAGAUCUCCAUGGUGACGCUUGUGAUAACUGCAUACAUGUGGAGAACCCAGACCAGCGUGACACAGACAAGGAUGGACUGGGAGAUGCCUGUGAUGAUGACAUCGAUGGAGAUGGUUUGAAGAACUUUCUGGAUAACUGUCAGAGAGUUCCCAACACUGACCAGAAGGACAAAGAUAACGAUGGUGUGGGUGAUGUAUGUGACAGCUGUCCUGAGGUUGCAAAUCCCAACCAGUCUGAUGUUGACAAUGAUCUUGUGGGAGACACUUGUGACACAAAUAUUGACAGUGAUGGAGAUGGUCACCAGAACACCAAAGACAACUGCCCCAAUGACAUUAACAGCUCUCAGUUGGACACUGAUAAGGACGGGCUCGGGGACGAGUGUGAUGAUGACGAUGAUAACGAUGGCAUCUUGGAUGAUAAAGAUAACUGUAGACUGGUGGCUAACACAGACCAGAAGGAUGAAAACAAUGAUGGGGUGGGUGACGCCUGCACUGGAGACUUUGACAAAGAUCACGUGAUCGACAAGAUUGACACGUGUCCUGAGAAUGCAGAGGUCACUCUGACAGAUUUCAGGGCCUAUCAGACUGUGGUUCUGGAUCCAGAAGGCGAUGCUCAGAUCGACCCCAACUGGGUUGUUCUUAAUCAGGGUAUGGAGAUCGUCCAAACCAUGAACAGUGACCCAGGGCUAGCUGUUGGAUACACAGCAUUCAGUGGUGUGGAUUUUGAGGGCACAUUCCAUGUGAAUACAGUGACCGAUGAUGACUACGCAGGCUUCAUCUUUGGUUACCAGGAUUCCUCCAGCUUCUAUGUGGUGAUGUGGAAGCAGACUGAGCAGACAUACUGGCAGGCGAUACCCUUUAGAGCUGUGGCUGAGCCUGGCAUUCAACUUAAGGUUGUUAAAUCUACAACAGGACCUGGUGAGUUCCUGAGGAAUUCUCUGUGGCACACUGGAGACACAAAUGACCAGGUGCGCUUGCUGUGGAAAGACCCUCGUAAUGUGGGCUGGAAGGACAAGGUGUCUUACCGCUGGAAUCUGAAGCACAGACCUCAGGAGGGAUACAUCAGAGUAAAGUUCUAUGAGGGUACUGAUUUGGUUGCGGACUCUGGGGUUGUUAUUGACACCAGUAUGAGAGGCGGCCGUCUUGGGGUGUUCUGCUUUUCACAGGAAAACAUCAUCUGGUCCAACCUGAGAUAUCGCUGUAAUGACACAAUCCCUGAAGACUUUAAUGAGUAUAAAACCCGGCUGUAAAGAAACUAAGCUAAGAAGAAACAGAAGCACAAUCAGAGCUAAAAACAUGUACAAACACAAACUUUUCUCCAUUAAAACCUGGAACAUUUACUCACAUUUGCAUUCUAGAUAAAAUAUAGUUUUAUAGCUGCUGUAUGCUGUAUUUACUCCUAUCGUAUUCCUGCAGUAAGCACAAUAGGGUAACAUUCAUUUGCAAAGUAAAUAUCUUUUAUUAGAUAAGGGAUGUAUGAAGUAGGGGGAGAGAGUAAGUUUUAUUAGUGCUGUUUCCUUUUAAAUGCACUACUAAAAAUGAAACUCAAUUUACAUAGACAAACACCCAAUAAAAUUAUUUUUUUUCAGGAGGAAAAUGCACCAUUUUAUCAAUUUUUCUUUUUAUUUAAAGAACCAGCAAUACCAAUAAAAACACUAAAAAGAACAUGGUCCCGUAACAGUUAGGCUCAUAUGACUAUGGAAUGUGUUGAAUUGAUGGGAACAAUGAAAAUAAACAAAAAUGAAGGCAUAUAAAUGAGGAAAGUACUUCUUUGUUAACUUACUGUAUACAUUUUUGGGAUGAUAAGAUGUAUUCAUGCAAAAUAAGUGAGAACAAAACAGUGCAAGAUAAAAAAAAUUGCAAUAGUAUGAGCACAUCUAGAAAACAAAGCAAUAUUGAAAAAAAGAAAACACGUUUUUGCAGCUAUCUUUAUGAGGACUCUCCAUAGACAUAUUGAUUUUUAUACUGUACGAACUAUAGAUUCAGUACCCUAACCCUACCCCUAAACCUAACCCUCACAAAAAACUUUCUCAAUUUUUACAUUUUCAAUAAAACAUCAUUUAGUAUGUUUUUUAAGUGAUUUCAAUUAUGAGGACACUAGAAAUGUCUUCAUAAACCACAUUUAUAGAAUAAUACCCUUGUAAUUACCAGUUUGUAACCUAAAAUAAUGUCCUCGUAAACCACACAAACUGUAGAUUUAAUGUUCAGCAUUUUUUGUACAUAAAGCAAAGCAUGUUUCAUCCAGACAAACACUGUUAAUCCCACGCAAUACUGAGCACCAAAUUAAAGAAAAAUAACGGGGGGGGGGGGGGCAA